AUCUGGGCAACACAAAGGUAAAGGUAUUCUAGGCAAACAAGGAAAAUGACGGCCUGCUUGUUCCUAAAUCUCCCACUUUCUUCUUCAUUUGUUUCUUUUACUUCUCAAACUAUUAAGAAUAACCCAGCAGUUUCUUCACACUCACUUGUCACUUUAAUCCCAAACCAGUUCUCUGUUCGAACCACUCGAUUCUCACGCCACGUCAUAGCCGCAUCGACUUCCAUGGAAGCCCAGAAAACUGAGACCUGCGGUUCAGCUCAAGCUAUGAAGCUCUUGUUUGUUGAGAUGGGUGUGGGCUAUGACCAGCAUGGGCAAGAUGUUACGUCUGCAGCGAUGCGGGCUUGUAGAGAUGCCAUCACUUCCAAUUCGAUCCCUGCUUUUCGAAGAGGGUCUAUACCGGGUGUUACAUCUGGGGAGAUGAAACUACAAAUCAAGUUGGGAGUGCCCCAUAUACUACAACAGUCACUUGAUGUGGAGAAGGUCAAAACUGUAUUUCCUUAUGGGAAAAUUUUGAAUGUUGAAGUUGUUGAUGGUGGACUCAUCUGCUCAAGUGGCGUGGUUGUUGAAGAUAUGGGAGAUAAAAAUGAUGACUGUUAUAUAGUUAAUGCAGCAGUUUAUAUUGGUUACUAGCUUGAGUAGUUUCACCCACCUGCUGAUAAUUAGUUAUCUUCAACAAUGAGUGGGAUGUCUGCACUGUUCAAGAUAUGUUUCAGAAGUCAGAACUGUCUUCUCCUCAUGUGUUGGAACUGGCACUUGGUAGUUUGAUGAUAAUUGCAAGAGAUUGUGCAAAUGAUCUGUUGAAACUUAUCUGAUGAGUUGUAGUUACUAUACUGAAGCAGCUCUGACGAUGAUUGUAUGUACAUGCCAAUAUGUAGGUACGCUAAUGAGUACUGUACUUGUUUGAUGUCUGAUGCAUUUUUAAAGUUGGGCCUGCGGCUUGCUUUGUUUUCAAUAAGUUGGAAAUGGAAGACGUUGAGCACAAUUCUGGUAA